CUUCGCAACCAGCCAAACAUCCGUUGACGUUAAUAAUAAAUAGCCAAAGUUCUCGGAUUUUUCCUUCCACUCUACAUCAGAGUUUCUCCACGAAAAAGUUGGGAGCGAUGCGAUGUUUCGAGUUGUACGGUCUUGGGGCCUCGCCAACGUAAUAUUAUGUGUUCUUUUAACAGCGUGGCCCCCAAAGACAAAUGGAUAUACCCUACCGCUUGAUAAAAACGCCGGAAAAGUCUUCACCAACGGAUGGGCGAUAAAGGUGGAGGGCGGUAUUGAAAUUGCCAAAAGAAUCGCAAGAUCUCAUGGAUUUGACAAAGUUGAACCGGUGAGUGCUAGGUAGAGAAUCGGGGUCGUAAUGAUUUUUGCCCAGCAUGUUUUGAAGGGCUGACAAGUACUUGCCGGUCUUAUUUGAUAUAGAAUUCCAUUAUUAUGUUUUCUUUACCCUGCCUAGCUUAAACACUGGCCACCCGGCAGGUCAGACAAAUACUCGGUCAAUAAAUCUCCUUAUUCCCUAGUCGUGUUUUUUGAUUUGUUAUAAAAUAAAUCCCAUUUUUUCAAGAGUUGAAAGCAAUAAAUUCAUACUUUGUGCCUUUUAUGCGAAAAAACUGUCUACUUUCUUGGAUAAACUAUCAAGGGAUUUUUGGUUGCCACAAGUUUACUGGUAAUAAAUGUUGUGAGCUGGUUGAUUGGGACAUGAUGUUUCCAAGGGUGGAAACCAAUAACGCCACAUGUCGAAAUAAAAGCCCAAGUGUAUACUCUCAGUUCAGUGAGUGGAAAUAGCUUUGCAGGCCAUCAAUGUAACACGAAAUCUGUACUGGGAAGAGAGAAUCAGUUUUCUUCCCUCGGAUUUAAUAAGCUUUUUUAUUCGGUGACUUCAUUACGGUUGUCCGACAGUUCUUCAAUGUUGUCACUCAUUCAGCGACGCCAAGGCGUUGUUGACAGGUUUAAAAACUCACAAUUUUAGAGUUCCAGAUUCCACUUGUAAGUUAAAAAUUUUUUUUGCAUGCGAAUUUUCCUUUGAAAAUUAAUGAGAGUUUUUAAUUGACUCUGUUUCGCGAUACAUCAAUUUUGUCAUGUCAUAUGUGUUAACCUUGAGCAAAGACAGGUUAAUUACCCACUAAACGAGGAAAAAUGCUUGAAAUAAACCAAAAGUGAUUCAAAAACCUCACUCAGAUUUGAACUGACUGCUUUUUCAUGCUUUUAGGACAAACACAUUUUUAAAAUUGUUCUGAAAACACAAAAACGUUUGGUUGUUGUGGAGAUUUGAUGAACAUGCAGGCAUUUGAAGUUAUACAAUGGUAGAAAGAUUGUUUUCCCGCCGUUCAACAAUACAUAUUGAAAACGUUACAUGAACAAAAAAAAAACAAGCAUUGUAGUAUUCUCCAACAAACUUUGAUCAUGGAUAUGGAAGAUGGAUAGCGCUUAUUUGAAAUUUUUUGUGCGUUUCUGAUUGACAUAUGACCUAGAAGAGACGCCUCCCGCGUACAUUUGAUUUUCUUUUAGUACCAUUGCCGGCUUGCACUGACUUCAGUGACAGUACUAUACUGGUGUAUAUGUGUUAGGUAGACAGAUCAUCGCAUUUGACUGUUAUAGAGACCUGCAGGGUUGUCUUACAGAAAAGAUAAUGAAGUUGUACCAUAGCAAAGUAUAAUUGCUUGAUUUAGCAACAGUUUAUUGAAAAUAAAUAAAUGGUAUGUUUAUGGAAAUUUAUGUAGGCAGGCAAUUUUAUGCGUUAGUCGUAUUUUACCAAAAACCUGUUAGAUGAUAGAAAUUAAACCAGAUAUCUUUAUUUCUGAAUAUGUAGAUUGGUACCUUGGACAAUUUUUUCCACUUGGUGCAUUCUGAAGAACCACAUCGCUCAAGACGGAGUGCAGAUGAGCGGACACAGUUGUUAAUAGAAGAUCCUCAAGUAAUUACUUAGUAUUUAACACUUUUUGGUUCUACCAUGUUUUCACCAAAAAUUUUUCUUUAUUCGUGCAAACUUGCGCACUCCACGAAGCGGGUGCUUACACAGGCCCGCUACAACAAAGAAUCUCUUGAAAAACAGCUAUGGUGAAAUAAACAAACUCUUUUGCUAUUCUUUAAUUCUUCUUCUUUUCCCUGAUAUGGGAAGAUUUGAGAACUUAAAAUAACCGUGUUUUUUUUUUACUUGUUUUAAAUUCCUAAACUUUUAUCACGUUCAGUGUGAUAUGCCGUAAAUCAAUGUCAGUUUGUAUAAUAAUAAUAAUAAUAAUAAUAAUAACCUUUCUACUGCAGGUUGUGUGGGCGGAACAACAACAUGAGAAAAUUCGCGUGAAGAGAGGCCACUUCCAUGACCGAAUGACAGCACGGGGAAUUGUGCCUCGUUUUAAUGAUCCUCUCUGGGACGGUCAGUGGUAUCUGGUAAGCCUGUGGUUGAACAUCUUUUUCUGUCUGGAAACCUCAUGUCUCACAAUACUUGAUAGGCUGAUUGUAUACUCUCUUUUAACUAGAGCUUCCCUCUUUUAAGCAUGUUUGAGGGGGCAUCACUAUCAAAUUAAGUCGUCAGUGGGUUUGGUAUAUCCUACAAUCUUGAUGUAACAGAUUUCUGUGUUCAUAUUUAUUUUGUAAUAAUGAGUUCUUUACGUAACCAUGAAACAAUAAACAAAUUGAGAUUGAACUGAUUUUAAUUUGUUUCUUCGCCAAGCUAAUUUGUAACUUACAUCACCUAACCACAAAAUUACUGAAAAGAUUGACAGAUCUGUAAGUACAGAGAAGCGUUUGACGCUCUGCAAUUAAUAAACUCGCAGUUCAACGUGUUUUAUCAUUUCUAAAAACAUUAAGUUACGUGUUGGUGUUUUUAAACUUGAUUGUUAAACAGUUGAUAAUACUUUUAUAUUUUAACCUAUAAACAUUCCUUUCAGAAACUCAGUACCUUUCGAAGCCGAGUUAAAAUGUUCGAUGUGUUUUUACACAGGAUGAUAAGCGUGCAGAUCAAGAUCUUGACAUACACGUGCUUCCUGUCUGGAACCAAGGCAUCACCGGAAAGGGCGUGGUCGUUACCAUUCUGGAUGAUGGUAGGUUACCAAGCUGACCAGUUACGAGAGGCUGCAAUGGCAUCCUCAUGUUUUAAAUUGCGCUUCACGGUAUUUGGCGGGAUAAUCAGUCGUUAAUGUUCAUUUUCACACCUUUAUUUGAAUCACUCUUCAAUUCGAAGUAAUUGGUUCACGGCAUUACCGAAGAAAAUCAACACUGUAGUAAGUCAUUACUAUACAGACUCAUGCACUGUCCUGAUCAAUAACCUAAACUAAUAAGUUUCCUCUCCGUUAUAUCAAAAGGUAUUGAGCACAACCAUACGGAUCUCAUGCGAAAUUACGUAAGUAGAAAUUAGUCUUACUUGUACUGAUUUUACUUUGAUAUUAAAACUGUAGAAGAUAUGAUCAGUAAUGUGAAUUCAUUUUCACAGGAUCCUGAUGCGAGUUGGGACGUAAAUGGUGAGGAUGGAGAUCCAUUCCCUCGAUAUGAUCCAACAAACGAAAAUAAGUAAGUGUAUUAGAAGGCAGUAAAUUAUAACAUAUUCCAGCACUGAUAGAUGUACAUCAUGGAUUAAUUAAGUCAGUCAGGCCGUUCUUGUUCCUUUGCGUCAGAACGCUUGAAAAUUUAGAAACAAAUUGGUGAAUGCCAGGUCCUUUAGUCAGCCUUACCAUAGGCUUCUGCCCUUUCUUACCACUUAAUCUCAUCGUAAUUAAACAAUCUUUCGUUAAUCAAUAGCUCACGUACUUCCUAAAUGCAUCCGAAGUGCAACUAACUAGCACUAGUGAAAUUCUUGUAACUUGGACGAAAUCCUGUUAAUUGAUUUCUUGGCUGCUGGACUACGAUUUCUCUGGGGAGAAACCAUGCGUAAAGUGCAGCGUUUUGAGUCGUCAAUACCACCAUAGUCAUGCAGUCAUUGUUUUUCACAGUGUGACCGUUGUUACCUCUCUUUUAUAGGCAUGGUACCCGCUGUGCGGGAGAAGUUGCGGCUCAAGCGAACAAUUCAGUGUGCGGAGUGGGUGUGGCCUACAAUGCCAAGAUAGGAGGUGACAUAUUCUCACAUAUGAAUCAACUAAGUAGAUAGUACCUGGGAAUGUACUUGGCAAGUGAAAUUAGAGAAUAAAGUGUUUUUUCGUCCUUCUUCGCAAAUUCAACAAGAGACAAAGAGAAACCUCGCACACCUCCAAGAAUAUGAAUGAUCGGGAAUUAUCUUUACAGCUACAUGAGUGACAUGGUUUAAGUCUUUGGGGAAACAAUUUUGAGACCUUUAGGAAGUGAUUUGUAAGUCACUGCGACAAAAGCAAAAUUUUAGAGAAUAACGUCGCCAACAGGCCGCCUGGGUUGCUGGGUAUUCUUUGGGUUUAUUUAGAUUCUUUUUAAAAGUUAUUUUUGCGUUCAACAAUUAAUUUCUGGUCGGGAAUUCGAGACGGAUUUAUUAUCAGAUAUUAUACUUCCAUUGGUCAAUUUCGUCAUUUCAACUAACCGUUUUUACGCAGGAGUACGUAUGCUCGACGGACGUGUGACUGAUAAAGUGGAAGCUGCCUCAUUGAGCCUCAAUCCUCAGUUCAUCGAUAUCUAUUCUGCCAGUUGGGGGCCUAGUGACGACGGAGCCACGGUCGAGGGACCUGGGACUUUGGCUGCUGCUGCGUUUGAAAAUGGCAUCACAAAGGUACUGCUUUCACUGAACUUCAUCAUGCACAGAGAUCUCAAGCUUUCUGCUACUGUACCUAUGACGCUUAUUAAGAGAAAAAACUUUAAACAAAUAUCGUCUAGGGUCCAACCUUUAAUCCCUUACUUCUUUGGAAUGAGUUCUUAUUUAAUAAACAGGCGGGAAAAAUAAGGACCCAUCUAGCAUCUCAUGACGGCUUUCAAGAUCUAUACAUUGACUUUAAUACUGAGGAUUAAUUAGCCUGUUCCAGGUGUUCACAUUGCGGAAGCGAAUUAAAUCGUACGCGGGGAAUACGAGGAGAAAAACGAGGGGUGACUGGGGCGAGAGUAGUCUCGCCUCGUUUUUUUCCUAAACAAUUUUUUCGCCCGCGCUCAAUUAACUGAACGCCUGGAACAGGCUAAGGUGUAAUCGGCUUAUUUCAGAAUUGAAAUUGUAGACUUCAAGUAGUAAAAUUAAUCAUUAUUCAAUAACCAAACCAUCAGUCAAAAAUGAUGCCCUGCUUUCUUGUGUUUACAUUUAAAGGGUCGCGGUGGAUUAGGCUCCAUAUUUGUCUGGGCGUCAGGUAAUGGUGGUCGACAUGCAGACAGCUGUAACUGUGAUGGAUAUACAGACAGUAUUUAUACGCUGUCAAUAAGUUCCGCUUCUGAUCACGGAGAAUCACCCUGGUAUUCAGAAAGCUGCUCUUCAACUCUGGCUACUACCUUCAGCAGUGGGGCGCACGGAGAAAAAAGAAUUGUGAGUUGUCCUACAAUUUUAGAUACUGAUAUGUUAAUCUUAAAAAAAAAAAAUUAAAGUAUACAUCCUUUAACGCUCUAACUUCUUUCCAAGAAGAAAAAAAUCGAUAAUUUUGCGAUAUCGCCGGUAGUUUUCUGGUUUCCAGUUGCUCAUAACUCAGGAAAUCGGUUCAAAGGGUGUUUCUGGCUUUAAUCAGGAAAAAUGGAAAAAAGUUUGAAUAAGAAUUAAGGCACGUGCAAUUAAAGCUGCUUUUAGAGCUUUUUUUUUGUCUUUUUAGGUAACAACAGAUUUACAUAACGUGUGCACUGAAAGACAUACGGGAACUUCAGCGUCGGCACCGCUGGCUGCAGGCAUCAUAGCGCUUGCGUUGGAGGUCAAGUAAGGAGCAUGCUUGGUAUUACUUUAUAAAAUACGUUACAAGUUGCAUCCACUGUGCACUUUAUGAUUGAUUGACUUACAAUUCCUGAUCUCCAUAUCAGAAAAAAUAUAAUAGUUCGUAUUGUGCUGAUCACUACCUUGGCUGCCAGAGCCUUUUUCAUGCCCGGUUUCUGGUUUUCGUCAAGUCUUUAAGAUCUGUUGAAGCAUCCUGCCGCUCGCGAGAAAAAAAAAACCCUCUGGUGCCCAAGGUAACUGAUCACCUCAGUUGUCUAAAAAUCUGUUCAGGCGAUCGAAAUGAUCAUGCACGUCACGUGGAACCCCUCUAAUGCGAUGCAGGUUGAUUCGGACGAUUCAUGAAGUGACAGCAAUCGCCUGGUUAAAACUGAUGUCUAAUAUAGGAUGGUUAUGAGAUAACCGGUCGAAUGGUCUCGUUCGUUCGUUCGCGACCUGGGCCGAAUUGCGAAAGAUGAUCAGCAUAAAUCCAGGUUUAGUUACCUUGGCAACUCAUAUGUUCUGUUUGUACGUAAUCCAGGAUUACGGCCUGCUUCUAACAACUAUUGGGUUUUAAAAAAACUCCUUAAACUCUUAAUUUUACACGUCAUAUUUACGACAGUACUGAUUUAUAAAGAAGGGUUUAGUAACUUAACUCUGAAUAGUGCUGCAAUACGCCUACUCCAGCCUACGCCGACUGAAUCAAAUUUAGAGAGGGGGGGGAAUACCGAAACCAAUUAUUAGCGCCGCCCAAGGUCGUUAAUUUUGUGAAACAGUUACCCGCAGUUAAGUAAAAAAGAACAUAACCAGGUUGUACGAUGGAUUUAAUGUUUUUGCUUGUUUGUUUUACGUAGCCCGCGCUUGACAUGGCGUGAUGUUCAACAUAUUGUAGUAUGGACAUCAAACUGGGAACCACUAAAACAUGACCAAGACUGGAGCCCUAAUGGAGUUGGUCUUCAUGUCAACAGAAAGUUCGGCUUUGGUUUGUUAGUUGCAGAAAAGAUCGUUGAAUUAGCCAAACCUAAUACUUUUAAAACCGUUCCGGAAAAGACCAUUUGUAGAGGACAAAUAAACCAGGAUCGCAAGUGAGUUUUUAAAUCCUUUACUUUUUCUUUGCAAUUAAACACAGUUUCUUUGUACUUGCAAGUGCUUUGUUCGUCUAAAUCUGUUCGAUACAUUUGUAUUUUUAUCCUCUCCCGAUUUUAUAUAGAAUUGUUAGAUAUUUUCGCGACAAAAUAGACAGAAGAGACAUGAACAUAAAGAAAACCAAACCAAAUAUAGACAAAUGACCAGAAAGCCUCGGAGUAAGUUAGAAUUUCAUAAUAUCGAACGUAAGCUAUUCGGUAAACACAUUAAACGAAAAAACAACCGUAAGGGCGCCUCCUAUCUGCUCUAAGAACGAGUUCUUUAAUUCGCUUACGGAACAAUAUAUGAAUAACCCAAAUAAAAGGCUCAAAAGCUAAUGAAAAUAAAGGUUUCUGGGAGCUCCCUGCCUCCAUGGAGCAACUUUAUAAGGAUCUAUGGUAUGCUGGGCAAUAGGCAACGCUAAUCGGAAGAAAUUAUAACCAGAAAUCAGAGCAAAGAAUACACUGUCGUUAAUUUCUCUCCACAGACCUAUUAAAUACAACGAGCCUCUGAACAUAACGAUGCACUCUAAUGGUUGCUCAGGGACUAAGGCCGAGAUUCGCUACCUGGAACACGUCCAGCUCUUGCUUAGUUUGGAUUACUCUCGACGUGGGGAUCUUGUAGUAUACCUUACAUCUCCUAUGGGAACCAAAUCCUGCCUGUUGUCCAUUAGAAGAGAGGACCUUUCAGAUGAGGGCUUCACAAAGUGGCCUUUCAUGACUACGCACUCUUGGGGUGAAGAUCCCAGAGGUACAUGGACACUAGAAAUCAAGGAUCUCGGUGAUAACAGACCAAAUCAUGGCACUCUCACAGAAUGGCAGCUGAUUUUACAUGGGACUAAAGAGAAACCAAACCAUCAAACAAUUGCACACCCUGAUAAGCCACGUGACUCGGUUCCAGUUCCUGAGACGUCUCCUUCUAGCUCUCCUCAAGUCCCACGCGGACCAACCUACACGUUUGGGUCCAUUCCUGUGACACCAGAGAGUCCCGUCAAAUAUGUAGCACCACAAGUGGUGACAUAUACUGCUCCUCCUGCUCCAAACCCGGCCGUAUUGACUCUUGCUGCACAGUCGUUAGUACAACAGCAAGUUCAGAAACCACAGAGCAAUCAAUUUGUACCAAAUACGAAGCAGACGGUACAAGUUGGAAGAACUUAUCCGCAGCAAGCAAACAUAGCAGCAGAGUCAGUCUAUUCAGCCGUCCAACCUAUCCAUAGUAACUAUAUUGUACCUUCAAAUUACCACGAAAAUCCAAUAGCCAACUACUAUCAUUAUACCAAUAACCGAGGAUACUUGCCUCAAGUGAGGAACCCUGUGGUACCGCAAGCCACUGAUCAGCUAGGAUUUCACCGAAUCAGUUGGAGCCAGGCGGCCGCAGCAGCGUACCGUAGUCGCUUACCAUUUAAUAAUUAUGCUAACUAUCUACGAACACUGGGAAGGCGGGGGGCGGGAAGGGAUAUAGAACAUUUAAAAUCUAAGAAAAACAAGUUGAAAAGAACGUAGCAAGCGUAAAGAUUUAGAUGGGGUUUUUACGCAAUAUUCUGUAUAAAUAUUUGGAGUACUGAUUUAUCAUUACUUUUGGCAUUUUUUAUCUGUCUGUAAAACUUUCUGCGGGUCACAACCAUGGAUUGUGACAAUGUCCUCGCUGAACUCCAGUAUACGUGAAAAAGAACACAAGUGAUCGAAAGGAAUUUUGGAAGGUUAAGGCAUCAACUAAUUUCCUUAGUUCAGCUGGCUGGGCAGGAACUUAAUACUAAGAGUAAAUAUUUCAUGAAGUAGUUUUUUUUCGCUGAAUUGUUCGUUUCCGAUUUUUAGAUUGCUCAUGUCUGACAAAAAGAAAUUCCAGCAAAGGCUAGCUUGCGAAAACAUCCGUUUCAAACGUCCCUAGCGGCGAAGAGCGAGAAGAAACGGAUGUUUUCGCAGGCUAAGCAAAGCCAUAAUAGAAGAUACCCAAUUUACAAAACUGUAAAAAUGUAAGGCUUUAGAACUGAACUAAGGUCUCCAGCAAAAACGUUACCCUCAUUUCAACAGUUUUUGUAUGCCAACCAUAGAAUAUAGUUGGUGUAAACGUGCUUUCUCUUCCUUUUUUGACUAAAGGUUGCAGUUCCAUUCAGCCUUCUUAUUGGUUAAAACUUGGUUCAACAUGGAAGGAGUUUGUGAAUCAGUCAGCAAGUAGUGGGUCAGCUAGAAUGUCGACUUUUGUAUGCUCUUUAUAUAGAGUUUCUGAUUGGUUUAAUUCUACUAAAACCUAGUAGAAAACUAUGCUUUUCUAAAUCUCUGUACCUUACAGUGCUUAUAGAGUUGCCAGUAACUUAAAAAUAGUGUAAAGUUGGAAAAUAGGUGAAUGACUAAAUCGAUUUCAUGUUUUGUAUCAAAUCAGAAAUGAAAGUAGUCGUUAAUCUCAGUAUCUUGCCACAGAAAACCCAUCAAGGUUAUCAACAUUUCUGAUAUAAAAAAAUAGAAGCUUAGAAAGGAAAUGUUGUUUUGUUCAUUAAAAGAAGGCAAAGAACUUUUCCAUGCAAAGCACUGGAACCUUUCAAACAGCCACCGUGUUAGACAGUUCAUUUUUGUACCAAUACAUUCAAAUUUUCUUAAAAUUAAAGGCAUCAAAAUAAAAGCAAAAGGCAUAGAAAGAGGCGAGAGACUUAGAUAAGCUUACCAUGACUGGCCUGAAAAUAGCCGAAAAAUUUCCCUGUAAAUAUUGAUGACCCUCCCAAAAUGACCGUGACAAAUUCCCAGUUCUUGGUAAUUUCAAGGAACUACAAAUGACAAAAUUAAUGAUAGGACAAUAUUCCUCGGGGGGUUUUGCUGUAGUAAUAGUUUUAAGGGAUUUCAAAUAAAAAGGGAUAUUUCUUUU